AUGGCGACGGAAAACGGAGCAAUCGAGCUGGGAAUCCAGAGCCUGUCAACAGACAAGGCACCUAAUGGUGCAGCAGAAGAGGGACCCCCAGCUGCAGAUAAAGACCCUGGACCUCCAGACCCAAAGAAGGAUCCUGGCCCCCCAGACCCAGAGAAAGAACCUGAGCCACCCAACCUGAGGAAAGAUGCCAAAGCCGCCACCUCAGAGAAAGGGGAUGGUGUCCUGGUCCAGCCCUCAACUAGCAGCCAGGACCCCGAGGGAGAGGAGGGCCUGGGUAGGGAGCCUGCGGAGGGCAGUGCUGGGCAGCCGGCAGCCCUGCCGCAGCCGACGGCAACCACUGAAGCCAGUGUCAAUAAGCCCACGGCUGAGCAAGGGACCUCGGGCAGCCAGGACCCUGGAGAGCCCAAGGUGGCCAAGAAGGCAGCAGAGGACUUUGCCUCGGCCAGGAGGGGCUCGCCCGCCUUCCUGCACAGCCCCAGCUGUCCCGCUGUCAUCUCCAGCCCUGAGAAGCUGCCUGCCCAGAAGCCCCCAGGUGAGGAAUUGGAUCUCAUCUUUGAAGGGGUGCCCGUGACCCCUGGCCCUGUGGAUCCAGAGCCAGCCAAGGUGGCAGAAGGAGGGAAGAACACCCUGGGAGGGAGCCAGAAGGAAGCAGGAGAGAAAGCCCCACACCAGGCUGACCAGGCUAAGGUGCAAGAGGACACCUCGAGCGGGAUUGAGUUCCAGGCUGUUCCCUCAGAGAGAUCGGAGGUGGGGCAGGCCCUCUCUCACACAGCCAGGGAGGAGGACUGCUUCCAGAUUUUAGAUGAUUGCCCACCACCCCCUGCCCCCUUCCCCCACCGCAUCGUGGAGCUGAGGACUGGAAAUGUCAACAGUGAAUUCAGUAUCGACUACAAGCAGGCGCUGGGAGGCGGCAAGUUUGGAGCGGUGUGCACUUGCACAGAGAGAUCCACGGGCCUCAAGCUGGCAGCCAAGGUCAUCAAGAAACAGUCCCCCAAAGACAAGGAAAUGGUGAAGCUUGAGAUUGAGGUUAUGAACCAGCUGAACCACCGCAAUCUGAUCCAGCUCUAUGCGGCCAUUGAGACCUCGCAAGAGAUCAUCCUGUUCAUGGAGUACAUUGAGGGCGGCGAGCUCUUCGAGAGGAUUGUGGAUGAGGACUAUCACCUGACCGAGGUGGACACCAUGGUGUUUGUCAGGCAGAUCUGCGACGGGAUCCUCUUCAUGCAUAAGAUGAGAGUUCUGCACCUGGACCUCAAGCCAGAGAAUAUCCUGUGCGUCAACACCACUGGCCAUUUGGUGAAGAUCAUCGACUUCGGUCUGGCACGGAGGUACAAUCCCAAAGAGAAGCUGAAGGUGAAUUUUGGGACCCCAGAGUUCUUGUCACCUGAGGUGGUGAAUUACGACCGAAUCUCCGAUAAGACAGACAUGUGGAGUAUGGGGGUCAUCACCUACAUGCUGCUGAGCGGCCUCUCCCCAUUCCUGGGAGACGAUGACACAGAGACCCUAAACAAUGUUCUGUCUGCCAACUGGUACUUUGAUGAGGAGACCUUUGAGGCCGUGUCAGAUGAGGCCAAAGACUUCGUGUCCAACCUCAUCGUCAAGGACCAGCGGGCCCGGAUGAGCGCUGCCGAGUGCCUCGACCACCCCUGGCUCAACAACCUGGCAGAGAAAGCAAAGCGCUGUAACCGACGCCUCAAGUCCCAGAUCUUACUUAAGAAAUACCUCAUGAAGAGGCGCUGGAAGAAAAACUUCAUUGCGGUCAGCGCUGCCAACCGCUUCAAGAAGAUCAGCAGCUCCGGGGCACUGAUGUCUCUGGGGAUCUGA